AGCAUUAAUAAUUUGCCUCACUUGCAAAGCUCUUUCUUCUUCCUUCAUCACUCUCUCCAUAUUAAUUACUAAUUCUCCAAAUCAUGGCCUCCGCCUUGACUUGCUCAGCUGCCGAGCUCCUCCCUCAUCUCGGCAGCUCAACAAAUGCCACAGCAGCCGCAGAAUUCAUCUGCGGCCGCUUCUCAGCUGUCUCAGAGUACCUCACACAAACCACCUACGCGGUGGACACCACGUACCUCCUCUUCUCGGCUUACCUCGUCUUCGCCAUGCAAUUGGGGUUUGCCAUGUUGUGUGCGGGCUCUGUCCGCGCCAAAAACACGAUGAAUAUAAUGCUUACAAACGUGCUUGAUGCUGCUGCUGGUGGAUUGUCUUAUUACCUAUUCGGUUUUGCCUUUGCCUUUGGAGCUCCUUCUAAUGGUUUCAUUGGAAAACAUUUUUUUGGAUUAAAAGAGUUUCCUUCACAAGCUUUUGAUUAUAGCUAUUUUCUUUAUCAAUGGGCCUUUGCCAUAGCUGCAGCAGGUAUCACAAGUGGGUCCAUAGCUGAAAGAACACAAUUUGUGGCUUAUCUCAUUUACUCUUCAUUUUUGACCGGUUUUGUGUACCCAAUUGUCUCACACUGGUUCUGGUCCGGUGAUGGUUGGGCCAGUGCAUCAAAAACCGAUGGAAACUUAUUAUUCGGUUCAGGUGUUAUCGAUUUUGCCGGUUCAGGUGUUGUUCAUAUGGUUGGUGGCAUUGCCGGUCUAUGGGGCGCUUUCAUCGAAGGACCAAGAAUUGGUCGGUUCGAUCGGUCCGGUCGGUCUGUUGCCCUUAGAGGCCAUAGUUCCUCACUAGUUGUAUUAGGUACUUUUUUGCUUUGGUUCGGUUGGUACGGAUUUAACCCCGGUUCAUUUUUAACUAUACUUAAAUCAUACGAUCAUACUACAAGAGGUUCUUACUAUGGUCAAUGGAGCGCGAUCGGUAGGACAGCUGUCACCACUACAUUGGCUGGUUGUACCGCUGCUCUGACAACGUUGUUUAGUAAGAGGCUUUUAGUGGGACAUUGGAAUGUAGUUGAUGUAUGUAACGGUUUACUAGGCGGAUUUGCAGCAAUCACGUCAGGUUGCGCAGUUGUUGAACCAUGGGCAGCUAUAGUCUGUGGAUUUAUUGCGGCUUGGGUUUUAAUUGGUUUUAAUGCAUUGGCAGCUAAAUUAAAAUACGACGAUCCUCUAGAAGCAGCACAACUUCAUGGUGGUUGCGGAUCAUGGGGCAUAAUUUUUACUGGAUUAUUCGCGAAAAAAGAGUAUGUCAACGAAGUAUAUCCAGGAUUUCCUAAUAGACCAUAUGGAUUGUUUAUGGGUGGUGGUGGGAAACUAUUAGGUGCACAAAUAGUUCAAGUUGUUGUGAUUAUUGGAUGGGUGAGUGUAACAAUGGGACCAUUGUUUUAUUUGUUACAUAAGUUUAAGUUGUUGAGGAUAUCGCGAGACGAUGAAACAGCAGGGAUGGAUUUAACAAGACAUGGAGGAUUUGCAUAUAUAUAUCAUGAUGAAGAUGAAGGUUCAUCUAUGCCUGGAUUUAAAAUGACAAGAGUUGAACCAACUAAUACUCCUACACCUGAUCAUCACAAUAGAUCUGUUAAUGAGGUUGUGUAACAAAUAAAUAAAUAAAUAAAAUGUUACUAUAAAGGAUGGUCACCUUAUAAUUAAGGAAAGGUCAAAUCUCAAAUUGCUUUAAUAAUGUGAUAUUAUUGGGUUCUUGAUAGACUAUAUAUAUAUAUGCAAAAAAAAAUUGAC